CAGACGUCACCCGCUCCUUGUCUGCAGAGCAAGGACCUUCUCCUGCAACCCGCUCCCCCCCCCCUCGUAUAACAUAUAGCAACGCUUUAGCACAUAUCGAGAAAGACCAUGAAGGCUCUGAUGUCAUUGCUUGCCCUCUCGGCUAUGAUUGCUGUUGUGACGGCUGGCUAUGGCUAUGGACACGGCUAUGGUGGCUACGGUGGCUAUGGAGGAUACGGCGGCUACGGCGGCUACGGCGGCUAUGGUGGUUACGGCGGCUACGGAGGGUAUGGCCAUGGAGGAUACGGUGGCUACGGAGGAUACGGCGGCUACGGAGGAUACGGUGGCUACGGAGGAUACGGUGGCUACGGAGGAUACGGCGGAUACGGCCACGGUGGCUAUGGAGGAUACGGAGGUUACGGUGGAUACGGCGGAUACGGCGGCUACGGCGGGUACGGCCACGGGGGCUAUGGAGGAUACGGCCACGGCGGCUACGGUCACGGAUACGGAUACAAAGUCAUCAGCUACGGACACGGCCACGGCUACCACGGCUAAAAUGUGCCUGCUUGUAGAAAUAAAUUGUACAGUAGAAAA